UGCGAGGAACUUAUAACCUUUCUGUGAUUAACCGAUGAAAUUUACCACAGGUGCUCCCUCGUUUUCACCGGUUUCGUUCCCUCCUUCGCAGCCACCGCUGUCGCCUCCCAUUCCCCUCAGUUCUAAUCACUACUCAACUAAACCCAUCCUCUCUGUCUAAAUCCUCCUAAAAUUUUACCCAACCCAGAAUCCCAGAUCGAGCGAGGAUGAAUUUGGCCGGCAAGUGAUCGGAGGACACAGAGGCUGUCAAGAGAAGAUCAUUACCAAGAAAAAUUGGGUAAUGGUUUGUUUAGUACCAGUCGGUCUAAGCCUUGGACUUUUAGCAUAGUUCAGCUUUGGACAGAACAGUGGUAGGUUUUUGGAGCUUGUAGAAAUUUUAUUCAGGAGAGGGUAUUGGACGACAAUCCUGAUUUUCAUGUCCUUUAGAAUUGCCAUCCUCACAAUUCUCAGUGCUGAUCUUUCUGUAUAAAUUAGAGAAGGUUGAGAUAUUAAGAUUUGCACCAUAGUAGAAAAGGAUUGUAGAAGUUGUUUUCUCAAGCAUAGCAUCAAGAUCAGGGCAGCCUCAUGCGUUGCGUGAGGGCAACUCACCUAGGAUAAUUCCAAUUACAAUUAGGAUUCUGAAGCUUCAACCAAGCAUCCCCUUAGUCAUUUCAUUCAGGGAAGAAGUCUGGCCUGAUGGAAGUGGAGGCUAGUUUUAGGGUGGUAUCUCGUAUUCAUUGCCAAGUGGCGCCGUAUUGCAAUCCAAUCUGCAAUUAUCGAACCUUAAACCUCCAUUUUCCCUACCAUCACCGUCUUCCCCACCUCUCAAAUGCUUCAUUUUACACACUCAAAAACUGCUGCUGCAAAGCCGCUGCAAAAGAGAGCAGUACCAAAGCUGUAGAAAAAGGAAGGAAGAUGUCUGCUGAUGAUUCACAUGAUUUAAAGCUCUCAAGCUUAACAGCUCUGUGUCCUCUUGAUGGACGUUAUUGGGCUAAGGUCAAGGAGCUAGCUUUUUUUAUGAGUGAAUAUGGUUUAAUUCGCUUUAGGGUUUUAGUUGAGGUGAAAUGGUUGUUAAAACUUUCUCAAGUUCCUGAAAUUCCUGAGGUUCCAAGCUUCUCUAAAGAUGCUGAGACUUAUCUGCAAGGCUUGAUUGAUGGAUUUAGCUUGGAUGAUGCCAUGGAAGUCAAGAAAAUUGAGAAAGUGACUAACCACGAUGUUAAGGCAGUGGAAUACUUUUUGAAGCAAAGGUGCCAGUCACACCCAGAGAUAGGAAAGGUGCUUGAGUUUUUCCACUUUGCCUGUACGUCUGAAGACAUUAACAAUCUUUCUUAUGCACUUAUGCUGAAAGAAGCUCUUUCUAUGGUGAUGUUACCUGCUAUGGAUGAAGUGAUUUCAGCCAUAAGUGACAUGGCUAUGGAAAAUGCUCACAUUCCUAUGCUUUCUCGCACCCAUGGACAGCCAGCUUCACCUACAACCUUGGGAAAGGAAAUGGCAAUUUUCGCAUUCAGGUUAAGUUGGGAAAAGCAGGAUAUUUCAAAAGUUAAAAUACUUGGGAAGUUUGCUGGUGCUGUUGGCAACUAUAAUGCACAUCUUGCGGCGUAUCCUGAUAUCAAUUGGCCGCAAGUUGCGGAGGAAUUUGUGACAUCUCUUGGAAUUGAUUUCAAUCCCUAUGUGCCUCAAAUUGAACCUCAUGACUACAUGGGCAAACUUUUUCAUUCUAUAAUCCAGUUCAACAACAUUCUAGUUGAUUUUGAUAGAGACAUCUGGGGAUAUAUCUCUUUAGGUUACUUCAAGCAGAUAACUAAAGCUGGUGAGAUUGGGUCUUCUACAAUGCCUCACAAGGUUAACCCAAUUGAUUUUGAAAAUAGCGAAGGAAAUCUUGGAGUGGCUAAUGCAGGGUUGUCCCAUUUAAGCAUGAAGUUACCUAUUUCACGCUGGCAGAGGGACUUGACUGAUUCUACUGUUCUGAGAAACAUGGGUGUAGGCUUAGGACAUUCUCUGCUAGCCUACAGGAGUACGUUAAUGGGCAUUGGGAAGCUUCAGAAAUGCAUUUCUGACAAUACUGGAAUAAUAGCUUCUUGUGGCAAAUUCACUGUCUUUUCCCCUGACGAAUCCAUUCUAGAAGGAAGCCAUGUCAAUGAAGCUUCCCUGAGUGAAGAAUUGGACCACACGUGGGAGGUGCUUGCAGAACCAAUACAAACUGUCAUGCGAAGAUAUGGUGUCCCAGAGCCUUAUGAAAAACUAAAGGAGGUAACAAGAGGAAGAGCGGUGACCCAAGAGAGCAUGAGAGAAUUUAUUAAGAACCUGGAUAUACCAGGAGAUGCAAAGAUGAUGCUCUUGAAUUUAACACCCCAAACUUAUGUUGGAGCAGCGGCUGAAUUGGCCAAAAACAUAAAGACAGCCAUAAAUUUAGUGAAUGGAGCUAGGUUCUCCUAAGGAGUGGGGAAGUAGGGUGAAAUUUAGUGCUGAUUUGCUUCGACUUCACAGCUUAAGUUGUGAGAAAUUAUUUCAUACACAUUUGUUUUUUUUUUCAUUUCUACUAAUCAAAUCGAGGGACUACUAAGCACUUUUCUUGAAAUUUUGGCACGAGAGUUGUGUAAAACAGGCUUUUUUCUUCGCUCAAUAUGCACUUACCCAAGAUGUGAACUUUCUUUUGCA